GCCGCUGUUCCAAGAGAUCCAUGGAUGAUCAUACAUAGUAUGUACUGCGUUUGUUGAGUAUGUACUCCAGUCGUACUUCUGAAGUACGUACUUCCUAAGUACGCAAGUACAUACUUGCAUACUUAAGUAUUGAGAAAGGGCCGAUAUUUGUUACGCGACUUUCUUAAAGGCGGAACUACGGACAGACAGUGCUGGCUCCCACCCGGAGUCAUUACAGUGCAACGCAGUAAGACUUUCGGACGCAGCUGAAAGAUGUGGCUGCAGGCUGUGUUGUUGCCUUGUAUCAGACUAUAUUUGUGCGGCGUAAAAGUUCUUCUCUAUCAGCUAUUCAACAGAGCUUUUGCUUUACCAGAUUUACUCAAGCAAAAUGGAAAGGUUGCCAUUGUAACAGGUGGUACUAGAGGAAUCGGUUUUGAGACAGCAAAACACCUGGCAAGCCUUGGCAUGCAUGUUGUCAUAGCUGGGAACGAGAGUGAAGAGGGUUCUGCAGCUGCCAGGAAGAUUAAUGAACAAGGCAAUGAGGGAAAAGCUGAAUAUGUCUUUCUGGACCUGACUUCAUUGAAAUCAGUGCGGCAGUUUGUUCAUGCAUUCCAAGACAGAGGUCUAUCCCUUCAUGUUCUGGUUAACAAUGCUGGGACCAUGCUGGUUUCUGAGAAACAGACAGAGGAUGGCUUUGAACUCCAUUUUGGUCUCAACUAUCUGGGCCAUUUCCUGCUAACCAACAUGCUGCUUGACCUGCUGAAGAGGUCAGGAAAACAUGGCUGCUGCUCUAGAAUCGUCAAUAUGUCCUCUGCAACACACUUUUCUGGAGUACUGGACAUAAGUGACUUAAACAGGAGGAUCUGCUACAGUUCCCAUGGUGCCUACUCUCAAAGCAAGUUGGCUCUGGUCCUCUUCACCUACUACCUGCAGGAGUGCAUGACAGCAGGCGGCUUUUCAGUUACAGUCAACGCUGUGGAUCCUGGUAUGGUAGAUACAGCUUUGUAUGACAACCUGUGGAGCCUCGCACAGGUGCUGAAGAGACCAGUGGCCAAGAUGUUGUUCAGGACGCCAGCAGAAGGAGCAUCCACGGCCAUAUACACCGCACUUGCUUCUGAGAUGGAGGGGGUGGGGGGCUGUUACCUAUAUAAUGGCCAGAAAAUACAGUCCUCUGAUAUUUCAUAUGACUCUGAGCUACAAGUAGCGCUAUGGAAGAAGAGCUGUGAGCUUGUGGGCCUUCAAGACGCCUGAUUCAUUCUGCUGUGACCCCCACACACAGGGUUGUUCCAUUUACUUCAGUCAUCUGAGAGGAAAUUAUUGUAAUCUGUUCAAAAAUAAAUGUUCAAUUUUA